AUGCCGCCGCGCAAAUCUACUUCAUCGGCAACGCCGGCCGAAACAGAUGAGCCGUCGCAGUUAUCUCCGCAAGUGCAGAGCACCGCCGACAAGCCCAUCACCGCGACGGAGCAACAGAUUAAGGCUCGGGCAGAGCUAGGUGUCAGCGUCGAUGACUACCUCCUCCCGCGCUCGCUGACAAUCCGUCUGGCGAAAUCUGUGCUCCCGCCCAACACAACGAUACAAAAGGAUGCCGUCCUGGCUAUCCAAAAAGCUGCGACUGUUUUCGUGUCCUACCUUUCGUCGCAUGCCAACGACGCAACCCUCAAACGCACCGUCGCCCCCGCAGACGUCUUCAACGCCCUCUCCGAACUAGAACUCGACUCCUUCCGCCCGCGCCUCGAACAAGAACUCGAAGCCUACACCGAAAUCAAAGCCGACAAGCGCAAGGCCAAGAAGGCCGAUGCCAACGGCGGUACUGGCGACGGUGACUCCACCGCCGCGGUGGGAGCAUCUACGACCCGGGCCGAGGGCGAGGAUGUCGAGAUGGAGGAUAACCCGGCGAAGCGGGUGAAGCGCGAUGGGGAUGAGAGUGGUGGCGGUGCGGGACAGGUCGAUGGUGAUGAGACGCAGGAGGAGGAUGAAGUUGAGGAUGAGGGUGAUGAGGAAGAGGAGGAAGCUGAGGGGGAGGAAGCUGAGGAUGAGGAUGAGGAGGAUGAGGCGGGGAGGGGUGAGGAGGAUGUUGAUCGGGUGGAGGAUUUGGAUGGGGCGCGUAGGCGGAUGGAUCCUGAUGCUGAUGAGACGGAUGAUGAUGAUGAUGGGCCUGCUAGUCAGUUGCGGGAUGACCUGGGACUUGGCUAA